UGAGGCGGGAUCAUGGCGGCGCGCUGAGGGCUGUGGCGGGAUCAUGGCGCAGCCGCCGCCGUUCCCCUCCCGCCUCCCGCCGCCCUUCCGUGCCUUCCCGCCGCCCUUCCCCGGCCCCGCCGUCCGCCCAGCGCCCUUCGCGGUCGGGCCGGUGGCACCCCCGCCUUUCUUCUUGCCGCCGCCGACGGGUGAGGGGGGACCGCGCUUCCCGCCGGGCGUCCCCUACUUAGGCGACGAGCCGGGCUGGGCCCGGGCGCGGGAGGAGGCGGAGAUGGCGCUGAGGGAGCUGCGGGAGGUCGUGCGGCCCCUGCGGGAGCCCGGGUACGGCGAGGCGCUGCGCAGGAAGGCCGAGAGGGCGAGGAAGAGGAGGCUGCGCCUGCAGAGGAGGAAGCACGAAGCCAGGGCGGCCAAGGAAGAGGAGGCGGCCCGGGCCGCCGAGCGAGAGGCCAAGAUCGACCAGUGGCGGGCUAAGUGCAUCCAGGAGGUGGAGGAGAAGAACCGGGAACGAGAGCUGAAGGCUGCUGCUGACAGUGUCCUGUCUGAAGUCCGGAAGAAACAAGCGGAUACAAAGAGGAUGAUGGAUGUCCUGCGCGGUUUGGAAAAGCUUCGGAAACUGAGGAAAGAAGCUGCUGCCAGGAAAGGUGUUUGUCCACCUCCUUCAGCAGAUGAAGCAUUUGAAAAUCAGGUGGAGAGUCUCAAAACGUUGCUCAAAACUCGCACAGAACUGUAUGAAGCUGAGGAAAGAGCAUUAAGGGUUAUGCUGGAGGGAGAACAGGAGGAGGAAAGGAAGAGGGAAAUGGAAAAGAAACAGAAGAAAGAAAGGGAAAAACUACUACAGCAGAAACUGGAAAUUGAUUCCAAGCUGUUUGGGGAUCCAGCUGAAUUCCCACUUGUCCAUUUGCUGCAGCCUUUCAGAGACUACUACUUACAAGCUGAACAUUCUGUAGCAGCCCUAAUCCAGAUCAGGCAUGAAUGGGAUCAGUACUUGGUGCCAGCUGACCACCCUGAAGGAAGCUGCAUCCCUCCAGGAUGGGUUCUCCCAAGUCUCCCCACCAAUGACACUUGGGCCACUGCUGUCAGAUAAUUUAGUAAUAAAUUAUUUCAACGUUGGAGGAUUGCUUCAUUAUAAUUAUAUGUAAAUAUGAGGGUCCAAAGAGGAAGUCUCAUCCUCUCUUUCGGCAGCCAGGUACUGGAAUGUCUUUACUGCAACGUCUUGAAAAAGUUUAAGAAUUGUUUUUGCUGAUUGACUGUGCAGGGAGAUAGCUGAGCAAGCCCAGAGCUUCCAGGCCUCUCAUGCUGUGGAAUUACAAUUUGGCUGUGAGUUCUUGUUAAAUCUCAAUCUUAAUAAAGGAACAUUGCUGAUGGUA